ACAUACCCUAGUACUCUUCAUAGAGAGAGAAAAAUAGUAGAAGCUACAUCCUUAGAAAAACUUUCAGUUGAUUCUUAGUUCUGCAAUUUGCAUUACAUGGCUCGAGCGUUUCUUUUUGCUACAGUAUGCCGAGCGUUCAUAUGUCAGAAGAGAAGGCUCUCAUCGGCAGCGGCGUUGGUGACUAAAGGACAAGGUAGAGCGACGGAGUCGGCUCCAAAAAAGAACAGUGAUACGAAAGUGGUGGUAGCGUCGGAUGUUCAAAAUCCCUCUACGACGGCAUGGAUGCCAGAUCCAGUGACAGGGUACUACGGACCAGCUAACCGGCAGAAGGAAAUCGACGCCGCCGAGAUGAGGGGCAGGCUCUUCAGCCGCAAAUGAUUAUGGAUUGGAUGACCCCAGCUUAUCGAGUUAUGUUCUGUUUGGCUGCUUUGGUUGUGUUAUUGGAAAAGUUGAUGUUUAUGUGAAAUUUGUGAGCCAUAACGCUACUGCUUUGAAUUUGGGGAGAAAGCAAUUGACUUUGAGAAUAAAUUUAUGUUCCUCUCUAUUUUACAAUGAACUUUUUUUAUAUUUACGAAUA